GAUGGACGGUUUUUUCGGUUGGCUCAGUUUAAAAAUAUCCCGCAAAGUAAAAGGAGUGAAUUUUUGUUGUGUUUUGUGCGGUUUAAUUUCGCGAUUUCAUGAAGAAUAAUAAUUUGUAGUGGAAACAUUAAAAUAUUAGUAAAUUGUGCAGUGAAUAUUUCGUUUUAAAUUCGGUUGACAAACGCGAAUCGAUGAUUGUGUUUGAGAAUUUGAAAAGCGUCGCAACGUUGGGGCCAAAAUAAAGUGUUUCUGUUGGGAAGGGAUAUAAAAAAAAUGUGCGUUGCCGGUUGAGGAAAAAACGGUUCUUUGUUUAAAGUGCAGAAAACAAAAACGUGAUCUCCAUUGUUGAAGAAACAGGUGCUCGGCAUAGUGUUCGUUUGGGGGAAAAUCCGUGCAAGUUUGUGGUUUUAGUUCGGGUGCAAGUGCAACGAUGGCCGAUAAUAUCACGGUCUCGAUCAAGGUCCGACCGUUGAUCAAACGGGAGAAGGAAAGUAAACAAUCGUCGCACUGGCGGAUCCGGGGAAAUACCAUCAGCCCCGUCGAAGGAAAUGGGGAUCCAUUUGUGUUUGAUCACAUCUUUGACGAAACCGUUCCGACACGGGAGUUGUUCGAGAAGGUGUGUCGUCCCAUCAUAUUGUCUACGCUCAAUGGAAUAAACGGUACUAUCUUUGCCUACGGGCAAACGUCCUCCGGAAAGACCUAUACGAUGAUGGGCGAGGGCCAGGAACCGGGGGUUGUCCCUCUGGCGGCUGGCGAAAUAUUCAAGGAGAUGGAAAACAUAAAAGAUCGCCAGUUCUUGAUCAGGGUUGGCUUCAUCGAGAUCUACAACGAAAAGUUUUUGAUCUGCUGGACAAGAGCAAUUUGUAUGCUCAAGAUCUUCGAAACUCAAUAUGGGGAUGUGUCUUUAAACAUAAAGGAAUUUAUUACCAAUUGUCCGGAACAGAUAAUGCAAUAUUUGGAGGAAGGCAAUAAAAUGCGAAAAAUUGGCGAUACAAACAUGAACGAACGGUCCAGUCGAUCGCACACCAUAUUUCGAAUAACGAUCGAGUCACGCUUGAUCGAUCGAAAAGAAGGAGACGAGAAUGACGCGGUACAGAGCAGCACGCUGAACCUUGUGGAUCUGGCAGGAAGCGAAAGAGCAAACCAGACCGGAACGAGUGGAUCGCGCUUCAUAGAAGGUGCUCACAUCAAUAAAAGCUUACUUUCUCUGAGUUGUGUCAUCCAGAAGCUCAGUGAAAAUGCGGAGAGUGCUGACAACCUCAAGUAUAUCAAUUACAGGGACUCUAAGUUAACGCGAAUAUUGCAAGCAUCCCUGGGAGGAAAUGCCGUCACCACUAUGAUCUGCAACAUCACGCCCGCCGCCCUUGACGAAAGCUACUACACGCUGAGCUUCGCCAUGCGGGCCAAAACAAUAAAAAACAAACCCAAAGUGAACGAAGUCCUGUCGGAUUCGGUCAUGAUGAAACGUUUGGAACGUGAAAUCAAACGUCUUCAGGAACAACUGAAAUCCGAGCAGAACAAAAACAGUAACAUCAAAACCCUCCAACUGCAAAACGAAAUCACGAUGCGGGCCAACCAGAUCAUCAACUCCCAAAACUACAUCAAAUUCGAUAAAUCUCGCCGUCGAACCUGGUGCCCUUCGGCCACUUCUAGCAUUUCUAAACCGAUCGUCUAUGUAGAACCAUCCCAAGCGGACUCUCACCUAAUGCCUCCGCCGCCACCAUUACUGGCCAGACCCAGCUCGUACUCGGGCAAUCAGACGAACUCGUCCAUCGAAUCGUCGGCGGAACGGUCUCCACCCUACGACCGGAGUUGGCCAACUGCGAUAGCAAUCCAGGUGGUUGGCCCGAAAGCGAGUUGGCCGACUUCGACGAGCGAUCGCCGGAGAGCCUGGCGCGGAAAUUCACACCCCGGCACGCUGAAAGCCAAACGGCGUUCACGCCGGUCGUCGACCGGGGAGACGCCGACCAACUUUAUCGAUUACGAGAAACGAUGUAGAGAGCUGGAAGAGGAACUGCAAGAAUUGCAGGAGUUCACCAAUCUGGAGAAGAACCUGGACUUGGCCGAUAUCAAGCGAAAACUACAAACCGGAGCGGACAAUCGGGCCGAACAGCGCUACAAAGAGGAACAGGAUAGCCUGGAGGAGCGGUAG